AUGAAAGUUAUUAUUUCUCUUAAUUCUGAACAACAUGAAAUUUAAUUAUAAGAUCCAACAAUUGAAGCUUUAAUUCUUGCUAUUUAAGAUUAAUUUAAUGUAACUCAUUAUUAUUAUUAAUUAGAUAACAUUUCAUUUUGAAUUACUUACAACUGACAAUUAGACAUUGAUUGAACUAAAAGAAGGAAUGCAAAUAAUAGUCUAAAAAGUUUAAAAUGACAAGGUAAAUUUAUAAAAAUUUAAAUCCUUCUUUUCAAUAGCAGGAUCAAUUAUUAAAUCAAAAACAAUUAGUCAUAAUUUCUCUAUUAAUAAAUUAAUACAAAUAUAGAAAUAGAAAUCAUUUGAUUAAAAUUCAUAAUAAAGAAUUUAUACUCCAGAUCAAUAAUCUUAAUAAAUAAAUACUAAUAAUUAAUCAAUAAAUCAAUAAAAUAUAUAAAAAUGCGAAUUAUCAGGGAUUCUAUAAUAAGAUUCAGCCAUGAUUUUGGAUGAAAAAUAAUCAGAUAGAUUAUUAUUAAAUGAAUUACAAGAGGAAACAGAAUAAAAAUAAAAAAUACAUAAUUCUCAAGAAUAAAAGAAAAGACCAAAAAAUAAUUCAAUUCCAAAAUAAUCAUAAACAACCAAAGAAUAAGCUUUUGCUUAUGCAGAAGAAUUAGCUAAUAUUCCAAGACCUAAUAAGAGAUAAUUAAUUUUAUAAAGAAUGGAAGAAGACAAAGCAGAAAAAGAAAGAAUUUUAAAAUAAUAAUAAGAGGCUAAUAGAAUAAUCAAGUAGAUUUAAGAAAAAAUGAAAUAGAAAGAAUAAUUACUUAAAUAAAAAGAAGAAGCAUUAUAAAUUCCUGAAUUAGAAAAACGAAAAGUAUUUAUUUUUAAUAUUAAGGCUGUUCUAGCUUAAAAAAGAGAGUUAAGUUAACCAAUCAAAUUAAGUGAAUUGACAGAACAUUAAAAGAAAUAUGAAGAGGAUAGAAAAAUUAAAGAAUAUGAAAGGGAACAUCAUAAAUAAGAAAUAGAAUUUGAAAUUAAAUAAAAAUCACUCAAAUUUCCUAAAAGUCAAGCUUAAAUGAGAAUUGAAGAAGAACAAAAAUUGUAAAAAUUGCUAAGAGAAUAAGAAAUGGAAUAAAAGAAAUUAGCCAGAUUAAAAUAAUUAAAAUAUGCUGAUGUUGCUUAAGAGAUAUAUUUUAAAGAACAUCCUUUAAAGCCAAAAUAAUCUCCACCUCCAAAAGAAGAUUAAUCAAAAUAAAUAAAAGAAAUUUAAAUUACUGAAUAAAACCUUAAAAAAAUUAAAAGGUUCAUUCCUCAAUAAAGACAUUUUAGUCAUGAUUCAAAAGAUUCAAUUACUGAUCUAAGUAAUCACUAAGAGAAUAGACCACCAAAACCAUUAAUUAAAAAGUAAUAAAAAAUUGUAGAAAAGGUUGAAAAACCUUCAGAAUUACCACCAAAACCUAAAACAACUGAUUAUUUAUAAUAAUUAAGACAGUAAAGAAAAGCUUAAGUAAAUAUGGAAGAUUAAUGGGAAAAGUAUAUCUAUAUAUUAUUAAAGAAUAAUUGAAAACAAAGGUUUAGAAAAUGAAUAAAAAGUUUAAAAUGUUUUAAAUAAUGUUUAAAAAUUAGAAUAAAAAGCAAAAGAAAGAGAAAAAUUAGCAUUAAUAAAUAGAGAUUUAUAAGCUGAAGAGGAAGCAAAUAAUUUAUAUAUUGCAAGCAUAAAAGCUAAAUUAGCAAUUCUAGAAAAAAAUUGA